AUGGUCACCAUGGCUUCGUACACACAAUCACCGCCGCAGAAUGGCUACUACGAGUCUGUGCCGCAGCCACCUGAGCCCCUCCAGAACAGGGGCUACGGCAAUGCUUCGCAACACGAUUUUGCCAUCGAGGGCGAGAAACCCAUCACAGUGGGAGGCACUGUUGGUAACCCAACCCCUAUUGUCCUUGAGGAUGGAGGCAUCAAUCGUUCAGCCUCUACCGCCUCGACUGCCGCAUACCAAGACAUGACUCCGUCGCGCGGUGGUACUCUCAAGAAAAAGACCAGCGUCAGCCGCAAGUCUAGUCUCGGUCGCAGCGGUAGUCGCAGAAGUCGCGCUGGAAGCAUUGCUGGUGUUGGUACUCCAGGUGCUCGCGAAGACUACAACAGUGCCUUGUCCACUCCUAUUCCUACCCAUGGCAGCCCCACUGAUAUUCUUGCAAACCGCUUCCAGGGUAUGUUUUAUCGCUUCGAUUUGGGUUUCCCCGAUUUUAACUUGUCUUGCANNGCGUGGCGCACAUUGUUGAAGUCCUUGAUCACAUACUUCCGUGAGAUUCAAUCCAGCUACGAGACGCGCAGCAAGGCCUUGAUCAAGGUUUCGAAUGUCUUGUCCAAUUUCACUCACCCUUCCGUUUUCAUUACCGAUGGUGGCCUUGCAGAUGCCUCGCGCAUUCUUGGUGACUACCACAAGCACUCAGUUGCCGAAUCAAACAAAUCGCGCGAUAUCGAGCAGGAUGUCAUUGGCGCUUUGACUGAUCUCCGAAGCGAUCUGGCCCACAAGAUCAAGGAGAUCAAAAGUCUUAACGGCGAUUUUAAGAACUCCGUCGACAAGGAAAGGGAAGGGACACGCAAGGCUGUUGAUGCGCUUGCCGAAGCCUUGCAACACGCAGAUCAUGGUGACAGCAGCAAGAGUGAUCCUUUCAUCAUUCGUCUCGGAGUAGACCGCCAGGUUGAGAGGCAGAUUGAUGAGGAGAACUACCUGCAUCGUGCAUACCUCAACCUCGAGAGCUCAGGCCGUGAACUCGAGUCCAUCGUUGUGGGUGAGAUUCAGAAGGCUUACAACGCCAUGGCCAGCAUCCUCAAGCGUGAGGGUGAUGAUGCGUACAACACCGUGGAGCAGCUCCGUGGCGGCCCCAUUGCCAUGCCCAAGGACCUCGAGUGGUCGCGCUUCGUCGAGACCGAUCCCCACUUUGUUAACCCUAGACUGCCUCUUCGCCGCAUUGAGGAUAUUGACUACCCUGGAAAGCACGAUCCAGCGGCUGCUGAGGUCAGAGCUGGCAUGCUCGAGCGCAAGAGCAAGUACCUCAAAAGCUACACCCCUGGCUGGUAUGUCUUGUCGCCAACUCACUUGCAUGAGUUCAAGUCGGCCGACAAGAUCUACUCGCAACCUCCUGUUAUGUCACUUUAUCUCCCUGACCAGAAGCUGGGUUCUCACUCUGAGCCCGGAUCCUCGUCGCACAAGUUCAUGCUCAAGGGUCGCCAGAGCGGCGGUAUGCACCGUGGUCAUUCGUGGGUUUUCCGCGCCGAGUCAUACGACACUAUGAUGGCUUGGUAUGAGGCCAUCAAAAUCUUGACUGAGAAGACUGGUGAAGAGCGUGACGCCUUUGUGCGCCAGCAUGUGCGCAGCAUCAGCCAGAACAGCCACCGCAAUAGCAUCAGCAGUGAUGGUCUAGAGGAAGAUGAGGCUGACCAGGUUCCCUACUCGGCUCAAUCCAGCGUCGUCAACCAACCCAUCGGCGAGACUCGUCUCCAGCGCCCAGUCCCAGGUGAGUAUGUGCUGUCCCUUUCAUAG